AUGAAGGAGAAUGGAAAGGUUUCAAGGGAGGAAAUAUAUCCAUCAUACCAUGCAAGUAUCGGGAACAAGAAGGCGAUACCAGACUUCAAUCUUGCUGUUUCAUAUCCCCAUUCCCUGGCUUUCUCUCCCACCAGGCUGGGCCAUUAUUGUUAUAUCAACCGUAGUGGCUUGGGCCCUGAGUGGAUCGGUGGCGGAUGUAGCUCUCGAUCCCUUGGCCCAAGGAGAAAGCGCGCCUCCGCAAGUACCAGGUUGAAUUUUUGCCUGGAGGGGAAGGAGGGACAACGUAAGCAAUUAGGUGCCGGAUUGGAUUACUCUCUCGCGGGAGCCAACCAGGAGCUAUAUCAAGUAAUCGAUUGCGCUUGGAAUUGA